UGUGCCUCUUGCUGUCCCUGGCCUGGUUGCUUUCGGCAUGGAGGAAAUUUAUGCUAAGUUUGUGUCACAGAAAAUCAGCAAGACCCGCUGGCGACCGGUACCUCCGGGGAGCCUGCAGACCGUGGAGACUUUCGCCACGGGCUCUUGGGACAAUGAGGAAAAUUAUGUUUCACUGUGGUCUAUUGGAGAUUUUGGGAACUUGGACUCUGAUGGAGGAUUUGAAGGAGACCAUCAGUUAUUGUGUGAUAUCAGACACCAUGGUGAUGUAAUGGAUUUACAAUUUUUUGACCAGGAAAGAAUUGUAGCUGCUUCAUCAACAGGAUGUGUAACAGUUUUCCUUCACCAUCCGAAUAACCAGACUCUGUCAGUCAGCCAGCAGUGGACAACAGCUCAUUACCACACGGGUCCAGGCAGUCCUUCCUGUAGCAGUGCACCAUGCACAGGUGUUGUGUGCAGCAACCCAGAAAUUGUCACAGUUGGAGAAGAUGGUCGAAUAAAUCUCUUCAGAGCUGAUCACAAGGAAGCUAUAAGAACUAUAGACAAUGCAGAUAGCAGUACACUCCAUGCUGUAACCUUCCUUCGAACUCCUGAGAUUCUUACAGUAAAUUCAAUUGGACAGUUAAAAAUAUGGGAUUUUAGACAACAAGGAAAUGAGCCCUCUCAGAUAUUAUCACUGACUGGUGACCGAGUGCCACUCCACUGUGUUGAUAGACAUCCCAACCAGCAGCAUGUUGUAGCUACCGGUGGUCAGGAUGGAAUGUUAAGUAUUUGGGAUGUUAGACAAGGUACAAUGCCCGUGUCUCUACUGAAGGCUCAUGAAGCUGAAAUGUGGGAAGUUCACUUUCACCCAUCCAACCCAGAUCAUCUAUUUACUUGUUCUGAAGAUGGAUCUCUCUGGCAUUGGGAUGCCUCCACAGAUGUACCUGAGAAAUCAUCACUCUUUCACCAAGGAGGAAGAAAUAGUACUUUUUUGUCUCAUAGCAUUAGUAACCAAGCUAAUGUUCAUCAAUCUCUUAUAAGCUCCUGGCUCAUCACUGACCCUGCCAAAGACCGUAUUGAAAUCACAAGCUUGCUUCCCAACAGGACUUUGUCUGUGAACAGUUUGGAUGUUUUAGGUCCUUGUCUUGUUUGUGGAACCGAUGCAGAAGCAAUUUAUGUUACUAGACAACUUUUUUCAUGAAGAUACUAAAAGAGUUCAUGUAAAACAUACAGUUAUAGCCUUUCAAAUUCCAGCUUCUCUAUGCAAAUUUUUAUUAUUGGAAAUUUGCAGGGGAAGCAUCCAUAAACUAUUGUUAAUUUUGAUGCCCAGUUUCAGCCUUUGUUAGUUGAAUAUUCUUCUGUUAGUAGCUAGAGUCUGAUUAAUGACUGAUGGCAAAAGAAUUGGACCGUGUGGAAGAACAUCAGAGGGAUCCUUGUGCUGAUAAAUGCACUGCCUUCAGCACAAUUCUGGACAGCUCAUGGAACCAACUCUUCAUUGUUGAUGUUGCAGGCCUCAAAAAUGUCAAACCACCAAUGGGUUCCUAUCCUUUUUAUCAACGGUGUGUGGGGUAUACCCCUCCCUGGUGGCCUUAGCUAGUAUUUAUUCUUUUUUACCACAAGUAUUUUCUUCAGUUCUUCCACAUUUUAUUUACUUAAUAAUUUUUGUAAACUUUUUUCAGAAAGAAUUGAGAACAAAAAUGGCAAAAUUUUUGUAGUGUUCAAAUUUUUUUAAAGGUAAAAAUGUUUUGACAGUUUCCUUUACUGGAAUGGGUUUGAACAGAACUCCGUCAGCUCCUUAGACCCAACUUUAUUUCUCUUGAAAAGAAAAAAAGACAAGUACAUUUUUCCUAAGGAUUUUUGCUUUUAUUUAGUUUUACAACGUAGUUGAAAAUUGCUGAAUUGGACACUGUGCAGUAAGAUAGGAUUUGACAUUGAUAAAUGAGCUGACUUACAAACAAAUUUGAUAGGUAACAUGCAGAGACUAGUAUGAUGAUGUGGUAGGAGUACAGAGUUUUGCCAUCUUUAUCUUUAAUGUUAAUGAUGACCUAACAUGCAGUGUUUUAAGACAAUUUUAUGAUAUUGUCUUUCUAAAGUUUGUUAGAUUAAAUGCAUUAUUGAACUGUUAAGACCUUAAUGACAAAUCACUCCUAUUACACAAUUGAAGUGUAUGUUUAUUUACUUUACAAUUCCAACAAUAAUUACUAUGAAGUUUUGUCUUUCCGUCCCAAUAAAUAUUUGCAGUUUUUUUAUGCCACCUUACCUCAGGGUUUUUUGGAUUUUGUUUUUUGUUAACAUUUUAAAAUGGAAUACAUAUAUGCAUCUGCUGUUUUAUAUAUAUUUGGCUCAAAAAUAUUUGACUGAAUGGACUUGCCUCGCGGUCCAGUGGUUAAUGCAGGGGGCACAGGUUCGAUCCCUGGUCGGGGAACUAAGAUCCCACAUGCUGCACAGCACAGCCUAAAAAAAAAAAUCGACUGAAGAUAAUUAGUAACUUUGAAUUCCAAAGAAUCAGAGAAGGAAAGAAAACGUUGCUGAUAGGAAUUCUUAAUCUGUUUAUAGUUUUAUUGCUGGGGCUAAUUUUUAAAACUUUCUGUUAUUACAAAAGUCAUUCAUUGUAGAAAAGACAGUCAAAAGAAAAUUGUAAGUACUUAAUCUCAAAGAGAGACAAUUCUUUUCAUACUGUCUUCUAUCCAUCAAUGUAUAUAGUUUUUCUGUAAAAAAAAAAGAAAUAUACAUGUUAUAUUUGUAGAUGCACAUUCUCUAGCAGUCAACACGUGAAUUCAAUAAUAAAAAUAUAGCUAAGAAUUUU